AGGGGCUGCGAAGUCCUCGCGAGGCUUCGUUCUCGCGGAGGUGGCGGCCGGUGGGGAUGCGCUCGGAGGAGGGCGCCGGAGGCUCGGGCGCAGUCCUCUCUGCGCGGGGCCCGAGCUGGAGGGAGAAACUGUCGAGCUCGGACAUCCACUUCCGCCGCGACUCCCAGCGGAAUGAGUCGGCGGCGCCGCCGGCCCCGAUCUCGAGUGAGAGCGGGGCCGGCAAGCCUCGCGAGGAGAAGAGGACGGCCCUGAGCAAGGUGGUCCUCCGGCGUCUGCCCCCGGGGCUCACCAAAGAGCAGCUGGAAGAGCAGCUGCGCCCCCUGCCGGCGCACGAUUACUUCGAGGUAGUGGCUGCGGACCUCAGCCUCUGCCCUCACCUCUUCUCCAGGGCAUACAUUAAUUUUAGGAACCCUGACGACAUCCUGCUGUUCAGAGACCGUUUUGAUGGAUAUGUCUUCAUUGGCAAGAAAGGCCUGGAGUAUCCUGCAGUGGUGGAGUUUGCUCCAUUCCAGAAGAUUGCCAAAAAGAAGCUGAAGAAAAAAGAUACCAAGACUGGAAGCAUUGAAGAUGAUCCAGAAUAUAAACAGUUUCUGGAAUCAUACAGCUUGGAGGAAGAGAAGACCAGCGCUAGUCCUGAGACGCUGCUGGGAGAGAUAGAAGCGAAGACAAGAGAACUCCUUGCCAGAAGAACCACACCUCUUUUGGAAUAUAUUAAAAAUAGAAAAUUGGAAAAGCAGAGACUCCGGGAAGAAAAACGCGAGGAGCGGAGGAGGAGGGAGCUAGAAAAGAAGCGUCUGCGGGAAGAAGAGAAGAGGAAGAGGAGAGAAGAGGACCGGUGCAAGAGGAAGGAGGCAGAGAAGCAAAAGAGAGUGGAGAAGGACGUGAGGAUCAAGCUUCUUAAGAAACUAGAAACAGGAGAAGAAGCAACCACAGAGAAACCCAAAGAAAGAGGUGAAACUGUUGGUGCCGGAGAUGAGAAGCAGGACACCCGGCCAGUAGAGAGCCAGCCAGAGACGCCUGGAGAGAGGCUACAGGAUGGCAGUGAUAAAGAGCAAAGGGACAAACGAUUCCGAGAGAAAGAUCCCGAAACUUCCAGAUGUCAUGCAGACAGUUGCAGGAAGCACGGCAUUCACUCAGAGUUUGCCAGGUUUUCCAGAAGGAAUGAGGACGAGUCAAAGUGGGGAAAAGGCUUCACCCAGGACAGAGGCAAGAAGGGCCAGGAUGGGAGUGUCCCCGUGGACGUGGCAGAGAGAAGCGGCAUGGAGCACAAGGAGUAUGACAGCCUGGGGCCAAGAAAGGAUCGCCCGGGAAACAAGGCCCUGUAGACCGCGUCUUCCCUGAUUCGUGUGCGGCUACACAGCGUGCUCGGCAGCCUCACAGCCACUUUCCCCAAGUACAAAUCCUCAUUACGCUAGAUAAGAGCAAUCCGCCUUGUGUGCGUAGGUCCAGAGUUACACGUCUGUGUCCGCCCAUGUGGGCUGAAUUUAAAGUCUAUAUCUUCUAGAGUGCUCUUGCUCCUCUGGGAUGCACUGAACUUGGAACUAAAUUCAGAAUAAAACAUUCCAUCAUCUUUUUAAAGAA